AUGCCCGGAAUUCUACCCAUGAAAGUUAUCAAGGUCGGCAGCACCUCGCAGAGCCGGAUCGCCCAGGCCUGUGACCGCUGCCGAAGCAAGAAGAUUCGCUGUGACGGCGUCCGACCGUGCUGUACGCAAUGCGCCAACGUCGGCUUCGAGUGCAAGACGAGCGACAAAUUAAGUCGCCGAGCCUUCCCCCGCGGAUACACGGAAUCGCUGGAGGAGAGAGUAAGAGCGCUGGAGAGCGAGGUGAGGGAUCUGAAGAACUUGCUGGACGAGAAGGACGAGAAGAUCGACGUGUUGUCUCGCAUACAUUCCUUCUCUUCGUCUUCGCAUCAGAAAGCCCGGUCGCCGUCCGUGCCCGUGAAGGCCAAUGCAUCCAAUCCUAGCGAGGAUCUGAUCUCGGUGCCGCCGCCCUCGCAACCAGAGGACGUGGCUGACGCAGAGUGUGCCGGUGUUUCGAGUGCUCGUGGAUUCUCCGACACGUUCACCAACCGACUUAUGGACCAAGGUCGACUACCGUCGACCGUUUCGACUCGGGCUUUGAAAGCGUCGCCAUCGCCCAUCUCGCAUUCCCGCGUCGACCGGGAAAUCAAGACCGCACCUCGCUUGGUGUCUGAUCAACUCAUCAACAUCUUCUUCCAAGAAUGGGCCCCUCUUUACCCAGUGGUGCACAGGCCCACUAUCCUCAAAGCUUACGAGCAGUACCUGUCGAAUACGGAAACUUUGCUGGGCAACAAGCAUGACAUGACGCAGUUGAACUUGAUCUUUGGAAUUGCUGCUCUGGCCUCGGUGUCGAGGACUAACCAGGAUCCUGUCUUCUUUGAAGACAACUGGUCACCCACUCUGGAGCUGCUUUCGAGUGAUAUCUCCAUUCCGACGCUGCAGUGCUUUGUUCUGGCCCAAAUCUAUUGCAUGACCAAGGGCGACUACACCAGCCUUCUACGCUACCGGAGUCUUUCUGUUGGCAUUUGCCACCAGCUGAGACUCCACCAAAGUCAGCAGCGCUUCUCGGCGAACCCCCUCUUGGCCGAGACCCGCAAGAAGGUGUUCUGGUGCCAAUACGUCCUUGACCGUUUCACGGCCGCCUUGACCGGAUUGCCCGUCCUUCUUCGCGAGGGCGACAUCCGCACCGAGUACCCUGAGGACAUUGAUGACGAGAAUGUCACGGAAACGGGCUUCUUGCCAACCCUUCCCGGAGAGUCGACCCGUGUCUCGGGCGCCAUUGCCUUGUUUAGUGCCUCCAGGGUCUUGAACAAAGCCUUGGAAGAUUUGUAUCCAUCGGAUGGCGGUUAUGACAUCCCCGUGUCGAAGUUGCGUUCGGUUGCAGGCCAACUGGACCAAUGGGUUCAGGCGUUGCCCGCUCACCUUCGUCUUGAAUUCUCUCAGGAUAAACCUAGCACGAACGUAACGAGUAGCCGCUCGCCACUUUUGUCCCUCGUGUACUACUUUAUUCGUUCUAUGAUUCAUCGUCCCGCUGUCUGCUUCGGCGAAGAGCACAUCCGUUCGCCAUCCGUGCUCGCUAUUGCCGACUCAAGCAAGCACAUCAUUCAAAUCUUGGAGCUGCUCGACGAGCGGCGACUGUGUCUCUCUGUCAGUGUCAAUCGGAAAGAGUUGGUGUUUGCUUGUGGGCUGGGGCUUCUCUGGCAGAACAUUGGUCUCAAGCGUGACAGCAAGCUUGUCAAGGAAAGCCAGAAACUCCUGACGACCGUCGUCGAUCAAAUCGAGUCUGAGUCGUCGCAUGCCGCCGCAGAAUUUAGCGUCCUGGCGAACAUCUUGGUGGCGCUGGAUAGUGGCAAGCGCGCGCCUUCGAGUAAACCACAAGAGAUGUCGCCGCCCACCCAGAAGCCAUUGAAGUCCCCUAAGAAGCACAUGCAGGCUUGGAAGUCCCGGUUGACUGGCCAUGCCGCAGCGGACCACUCGAUCAAACAGGACUCCCCGUCGCGCCGGGCCACCAUCUCCGGCAUGAGUCCGCAGAUCUCCCAACAACGGGUUCGAUCUUCCAGCUGGGCCAGUCUGCCGCCCGGCAAUUUCCAGCCGACCCACGGGCUUGCCGAGAAGGUCUACUUCCCCGGUCCCGCGGGUGGCUACGAUCCGAGCCAGGUCAUCGCCAGCUCGGCUCCGGCAGACGGAACGUCGGGAACGAUGACGAUGUCGGACUGGGAAUUCGUGCUCAGUGACAUGGACCGGGGGUAUUCGAACAUCUUCACCGGCAUUUACGGCGGAAAGGAAUGUGGAGAAGACAGCGGACCCUUCGCGUCGCUGACCGCCGAGUACGGUCAAAAACCGGAUCCUCGCGGGGUGCCGCUGGCUGCACCGCAAGGGGAGGUUCAGGGCCUCUCGCCGGAGGCCUGGUCGGCCACCAGCAGCAGUGACAUGCCGCCCAACCAGGACGUGGUGGCGCAAAGCGUGCUUAGCUACUCGGACGAGAGCAUGGGCAGCGCGGAGGAGGGCAUUGCGUAUCACGACAUGCGGCUGUCUCCGGAAGAGCAUGCCAGUCUCUUGGAUCCGUUCCGGGGCGUCAUGAUGCCGGCAGUGGAAGACGAGGUGGACGACUUCGGUCUGGUCGGCGGAUGGGAUCGGCGACUGGCCGUUUGA